AUGUCGGAGGACUAUGUUAUCGUCAAAUAUGACUACAUAGCACAGGAGGAUCAGGAAUUGACAAUCAAAAAGAAUGAACGAUUAAAAUUACUGGAUGAUAGCAAAAACUGGUGGAAAGUGGUCAACGAUUCGAACAGUAUUGGUUUUGUGCCAUCAAACUACGUGCGGAAAGAAUCAAUUGUGGACAAAGCAAAAGGAACAAUCAAAGGUUUAGCGCGAGGUCGCAACCGAUCCUCGGAUCCGGAACCGGAAGAGCGAGUCAACGGCAUUGAGCGUCUCGCCUUCAGCCUGAACAACAAUUGCGCGGUAACUCCAUCUACCCAUAAGGUCCCAAUCAUGAGUACAAGAACAAAAGCAGUCGUGAAGUUCACCUAUGAACCAAGACUCGAAGACGAGCUUGGUCUGACCAAGGGAGAAUUCGUUUAUGUCGUCGAGAAAAGCACCGAUGGAUGGUGGAAAGGAGAAGCACCAAAUGGAGGUGUCGGAUGGUUCCCGUCAAACUAUGUGGAGGAGGUUGAAGCAUCAACAAAUGGGAAUCAAGGAUCCAUCGAAAACCGAAAACCUGUGUCUGCCGUCCCACCACCAGCAGAGUCAUACCGCCAGAGUGAACCUCAACCAGCAGCUCCAUCUGGAUGUCUUGAGACUGUCGUUGCACUCUACUCGUUCGAGGCUUCAUCUCAUGAAGAGCUUUCGUUCAGCAAGGGAGAACGGCUCGAAAUUGUUGCUCAUCCAGAACAUGAUCCAGAUUGGUGGCUUGCAAUGAACAAGAACAACAAGACUGGACUGGUUCCUCGGAACUACAUCGAGGUGAUCAACGAGUCCUCUUCGAGUAACGCGGACUUUGCCCCACAAUACUCGGGACGAGCCGAGCGUCCAAUGGAUCAGGAGCCGUGGUUCUUUGGGCGAAUCUCUAGGGAUCGAGCUGAAGAACUUCUCCAACAUGCUCGCAACGGAGAGUUUCUUGUCAGAGACUCGGAAAGCCAUCCUGGCGAUUUGUCGAUCUCAGUGCGAGGAAUCGAGCGAAACAAACAUUUCAAGGUGCAAAGUGUAGAUGGAGAACUGAAAAUUGGAAAUCGGACGUUCUCCAACAUGCAUGCUCUCAUCAGCCACUACACCACAAAUCCCUGCUUUUCGUCUCCAACUGAGAAAUUGUACUUGACCAAUCCGCUUCCGAAGUAA